UAUAUUUUGUCGAUAAGUCCGCGGUCACACUGAACAAACAAGCCGUGCAAAAAAAUUGUGCGUUUUAUUGAUUAGUUUUUGGCUCGAUAUAGCCAAGUACUUGCUUAAAUUACUAGACCAAAAGAAAAGCAACGUUUUGUUCGAGUUCCUCCAAUAAACCCAUCAGAAAGUCCCACAGCCAUGAAUAUGGAUGCGAACAAUGCCGUGGAGAAUCGGGAAAAGGAACGUGAUCGUCGCGGGCGGGGCGCACGGGGAUCUCGGUUCUCUGAUGCCGAUGGAAAUGGAAAUGCCGGUGGCGGCGGCAAUAUUGGUGGCGGGGGCGGAGGUGGCGGCGGCAACAAUGUCCGAGACAGAAGCCGCGAACGUCGCAAUUGCCGAGUGUACAUCUCCAAUAUUCCCUACGACUAUCGGUGGCAAGACCUGAAGGAUUUGUUCCGACGCAUUGUCGGCUCCAUUGAGUACGUGCAGCUGUUCCACGACGAGAGCGGGAAGGCACGCGGCUGCGGCAUUGUCGAGUUCAAAGACCCCGAAAACGUGCAAAAAGCCAUGGAAAAGAUGAAUCGAUAUGAGGUCAACGGCCGUGAGUUAGUCGUCAAGGAGGAUCACGGCGAGCAGCGCGAUCAGUACGGAAGGAUUGUCCGUGAUGGCGCCGGCGGUGGCGGGAAUGUCGGAGGCGGUGGCGGAGGAGGAGGAGGCAACAACGGCGGUGGCGGUGGUGGUGGAGGAGGCGGCGGCGGUGGUCGUGACCACAUGGAUGACCGGGACCGUGGCGGCUUCUCCAGACGCGACGAUGACAGAUUAUCUGGGCGUAAUAAUUUUAACAUGAUGUCAAAUGAUUAUAAUAAUUCGUCGAAUUACAAUUUGUAUGGGCUUUCUGCUUCGUUUUUGGAGAGUCUGGGCAUAAGUGGACCUUUGCAUAAUAAGGUUUUUGUUGCUAAUCUGGACUACAAGGUGGAUAACAAGAAGCUCAAGCAGGUGUUCAAGCUGGCCGGCAAAGUGCAGACCGUGGAUCUAUCCCUGGACAAGGAGGGUAACAGUCGCGGCUUUGCUGUGAUUGAAUACGAUCAUCCCGUGGAGGCAGUGCAGGCCAUUUCCAUGCUGGAUCGUCAGAUGCUGUUCGACAGGCGUAUGACCGUGCGCCUGGAUCGUAUCCCGGACAAGGGUGAGGGCGUUAAACUGCCCGAGGGACUGGGCGGUGUGGGCAUAGGCCUAGGUCCGAACGGAGAGCCAUUGAAGGACGUCGCUCACAAUCUGCCCAAUGGCGGAAACCAAGGUCAGGGCCAACUGCUGGGAAAUGUUCAGCAAGGCGGACAGCUGGGGUCUGUGGCUACUGGCCAGGGAGGCGGCGGCGUAAGCAAUGCCAGCAAUCUGCUCGGUAGCCUGACUGGAGUGAUGUUCGGGAACAAUUCCUCGUCCAUCCAGCCAUCCCCGGUGGCUCCAGUGCAGAAGCCCAAUCUGGGUAACAACUCGGGCUCUGGUGGACUAAACUUGAACAAUCUGAAUCCCAGCCUUCUGGCCGCUGUGGUCGGCAAUCUGGGAAACCAAGGAGGCAGCCUAUCCAAUCCUCUGCUCACUUCAUCUCUUAACAAUUUGGGGCUCAGCCUGGGCAACUCUGGCGGCAAUGAUGAUCCCAUUUCUUCCGGCAAUGUUGGCCUGUCCAAUAACUACAGUAGCGGUGGCAGUGGAGGAGGCAAUAACUACAGCUCCGGCGGAAACAAUAACUACAGUGGCGGCGGCGUGUCCGGCGGGAACGUUGGAUAUAAUGCCUACAGCAGCUCUGUGGGUGUUGGGGGCGGCAAUGGAGGAGGCGGUCUGGGCAACCAGCAGGACGGCAACGACUACAAUACUGGCAACAAUCUGGACAUUUUUGGCGGCGGUAGCAAUGUGGGAAAUGCCAAUUCUGGCGCUGGCAACGCAGGUGCCGGCUCUCGCAAAUCUGACACGAUUAUCAUCAAGAAUGUGCCCAUGAGCUGCACCUGGCAGACGCUGCGCGACAAGUUCCGUGAGAUUGGGGAUGUCAAGUUCGCCGAGAUACGCGGCAAUGAUGUGGGUGUGGUGCGAUUCUUCAAAGAGCGCGAUGCCGAGCUCGCUAUAGCGCUCAUGGAUGGCUCUCGUCUGGAUGGUCGCAACAUUAAAGUAACAUACUUUUAAGCUAGCCUACAAUGUUUAAAGCGUAUUUACUCUGUACUGGUUAAGCGAAAAGAACACGAAAAUGAACCCCAUCCGCCGGCCGCCGCAUUGUUUGAUGACCAAUGAACGGAUUUUCUUUAUUCCACAAGCAAUACAGCCAUACAGCCACGAAACGAGACGAACGGCAUCCACCACUGGAUCUGAUAGGAAAUCUAAAAUGUAUCUGAGGCACAGACAGAGACAGAAAAGUUCAUCCCAUACAUUUUUUACUCGUAUAACUUUUAUAUAUAUAUAAAUUCAUAUUAUUAUGUACUCUAAUAUUAAAAUAACUGACGUUCCAAAACCACAAAUCCGAAGACGCAAUUUUAAUGUUAAUUCUAAGCAAUUGAAUUACAGCCAAUAAAACAAUGCAAAAUCCCAUUGUUAAGCAUUGCUAACAAUUCACGUUAA